GUGACCGUGCGCUCGUUGGGAGGCACAGUGGUGGUCUUGAGUGAAGGACUGGGGCAGAACCAAGAGGACACCAUUUCUGCGGCCCAAAACCUGUUCUGGGUUUAACCGCCGCCAUUUGUUUAGCUAAAAAUUGCCUAUCCACCAGCCUGGGGAGCAUUGCUGGCUUUACCAGGAGGACAGUGGAACAACGUGGAACAAAGGACACAGGUUCACCUAUCUUGGAUCUACAAGGGACAGGCAGACGGAGGUCAAGAGCAGGAUGUGGAACUUGGAGUCAAAGCUCAAGAGAUAGAACGAUGAGACUGAGAUCUUCUGCCAGCAAACGUGAGAGAACAAGGUGAACAUGACAUCCGGCAUGAGUGUGGACCUGCUCAACAGGGAGGGAGAUGUGAACGUCUCAUCUCUUAACCAAUCCCUUCCUCCCCCUUGCAACAUCGACGAGUCGUACAAGUACAUAUUUCUCCCAAUCUGCUACUCGUUCACGUUCAUCUUUAGCAUAACCCUGAACUUUAUAGUCUUGUACCGCUCGUUCCGUCACACCAAGCGCUGGAACGCCUCCCUCAUCUACAUGGUAAACUUGGCCUCCACUGACUUCAUGUACGGCCUCUCGCUGCCUUUCCUGGUGGCCAGCUACAUCAUGCAAGACAACUGGGUGUUUGGGGACUUCAUGUGUCGCCUGGUGCGCUUCCUCUUCUACUUCAACCUCUACUGCAGCAUCUUCUUCCUCACGUGCAUCUCCGUGCACCGCUACCUGGGCAUCUGCCACCCUAUGAAAACCAUCACCCUGGAGACCAAGCGGGCCGUGAAAGGCACCUGCGUCGUGGUGUGGGCAGCGGUGUUUGCGCUCACCUGCCCCAUCUUCCGCUUCGCCCAGACGCAGUACCUGCCCAGGGGAGGGGAGGGGGCCGGCUCCGGGCCGGCUGCCAACGGGGGCAGCGCCAACGGCGAGGCGGACGGGUUCCAGAACUGCUGGGACGACGCCAUCGACAAGGAGUUCCAGGACUACGUGCCCUAUGGAAUAACACUGCACCUGCUAGGGUUUUUUCUGCCGUUCAGCAUUAUCGCCUGGUGCUACUCACGUGUGGUCUUGACUAUCUUUAGGACCCUGCGAUCCCAGCCCUGCUCGGAAAAGAGCGGCGGGGCAGGGGGCCGUGGAGGCGGCAUGAUGUCUGGGGCGGAGGGAAUGUCAAUCAUUCUGGGCGCACAUUCCCCGUAUGUGCACAGACGCCGAAAAUCAAUCAAAACCAUCAUCACCAUCACCCUCCUUUUCGCCCUGUGCUUCUUCCCUUUCCAUGUCACCCGCACCAUUUUCUUGAUUCUGAAAGUGACAAACCGCGUAGAAUGCACCACCAUGCGAAUGGUCUCAAUCUGUUACAAAAUCACGAGACCAUUAGCCUCGUUCAACGCCUGGCUAAACGCCUUGCUUUACUUCCUCACCAAGGAAAAGAGUUCUCCUUGCUGCCCAAACCCAGAACCUGUCCAACACCAACACGGUCUGCUCUGGCCCUUGAGAAUGCUGGGAAGAGCAGGUGAGGACGAGGAAGGUGGUGAUGAAGCAAUUAAUAACAAGGGAAAUGAACCAAAAGCAGAGGCUGACAUAUUUAGAGGUCAGCCGUAAGAGGAGUAGGGGAAACUUAUACGAGUGCAUUGGUCCAGGAGACCAGUAAACAGGAAGGCAAUCAGGGGUGAGAGGUCAAACCUGACAAAGUUUUAAAAGGUGUUGGGAUGUCGCUGUGGACAAUGACCAGACCAAAUUCAGAGAAACAUUAACUUCACGUUUUGAAAAUAUACUCGUCUGGUCUGCUAGUAGUCUUUGUAGUUUUCGAAAGUGUGAAAUGCAUUGUAAUUGUUUAAAUUUUACUGUCAUAAGCUACAUAAUGAUACUUGACACACUGUGUCCAUGUCAUGGGAAUAGUUUUUGGAUAUGAACGGGAAGCUUUAAUAGCACUAGAAUUUUUUUUUUUUUUUUUUUGAUUGAUUUGCACACCAUGUUAAAAAUUAAACAAUUUAGGCUAUUUAAGUAUUCCGAGUUAUUUAAUUGUCUUCUGCACCUACUUCUCAACUGGGGUAGAUUUUGGUGUGCCCCCAAAGUGGGCACAACCCAGAUUGCUAAUAACCUGGGUGAUAACUGAGCCUCUGUCCUCUCCUGUCCAAUCCUAUCUAAAGUCGGAGCUUACUCGCUAAUAGUUUAUUAUAAUGGGUAACUUAGUUAGAACUUCCUGAUGCUUAAUCAAUUUUUGACCAAACGGAUUGGCUAGUGUAAUUAAAAGACAAUAACGUUCUUACACACCGAUUAAACAGUGAUCCUGUAAAAACAGUGAGAAUAAGACUUUAUUAUUUCCAUCAACACUAAGAGGUCGCAGUCAAAACUUUUCCUCUGUGGUUCCUUGUUGGUGGAAUGAUUUACCAAAAGCCCCUUGUUCUAGCAAACGACAGCUUUGGGGUCUUCAAAACGUGAAAAGACUCUGUUUACCUUGCAUCAAACUAACUAAUUCUCUUGAGUCAGAGUUUGUAUAUGUUUAUGAUUAGUGUUGUAUAAAUAGAUAUUUACUUCUCUGAAAAUGACUUAAGCAAAAGUAAAAGUAAUCUACAGUAUAAGCAUACCACUUAAGUAAAAGUCUUAAAGUAUCGAUUAUUUACAGUUAAAUACUUAUGACAAGAGUAUGACAAGAAGCCCAUUAUAAAACAUACUUAAGUACUGAAAGUAGAAGUACACAGUAAAAGCUUUCGAGGCCAGGUGGGGUGACAACCCUUGCUAUGCUUUUAAUGAAAAAGAAAGCAGUCAGAACUUUGGAUAGGCUAUACUGUAAGUUAAUGCAGCACCUUAAAACAUGGUGCCUAGUGCCUACACUUCAUACACAAUGUCUUCGAAUACUGAACAAAGUUAUGGCUGUCAUUCAUUUUCCAAUGCUGCUUCCUUUUAUAGGCCUACAAUGAAGUUUAUCCAACAUGUUUAGAAAGGCAUUUACUUCACACAAAAUGUGUAUUUAAUUUAGUUCCUUAACAGCCCACAUAGGCCUUGGUGUGCUAUGUCUUGGCUAUAUUUGCUUGGCCUUAACUCUGUCUAAUUUUAAAAAUGUAUAAAGUAAAAGUAGGAAGACAAAUAAAAGCUCUAGUAAAGUACAGACAUUCCACAUUCAUACCUACUUAAGUAUUUCUAAUUAGUUACUUUACAUCUCUGGAUUAUUGUUAUUACUCAGUUAAAUUCUAUUUAGUAUAUUACUAAUAUUUUAUGUUAGCUAUAUGACUUGACUUAAAACUGUUUAUACUAAUGUUAAUGUCAUGUUUAUUGGUGUCAUUAUUGUAUUGUAAGUCACUUUGGACAAAAGCCUCUGCUAAGAACUAUAUGCAUAAACAUAACAUAAUAGUUUAAAGCUAGCCUGGGAACCAGACACAUGUCAGAGCUCAUUGCAUUUGCUCUGCCAGACAUGUAUGGACCUUUUCAACCUUCGUCACAUUGAAACUGAUCUCCACCUCAACCAAAAUCUCAGGAACCAAUCAAAACUGCUAUCUGAUACAGGGUGGGCAUCAUACCUUGAUAGUGGAACAUGGUUGAGGCAGUUUUGUACAUAACCAACAUCUUCUUCACUGAUCGUAAUUAGAUGACAUGGGCAUGUAUUUCCUUUGAAGAUGAAUAAACAACUAUGUUUGGCUCAUUCAGUGUCAAAUCUUAUAAUGUUGUUGCUACACCAUCUCAGAUUUUGUUUGUAGAUCACAAAGCGAUCCCUAAACCAAGACCUGUAAAAAUAUCUCUGAUCAAAUCCUAUGUCUUUGUAUUUUUCCAACCCCUUGAUGUUAUCAUUAUCAUUACAACCUAAAAAACACAUAAUCUGGGAAAACAUUGUUUGGGAAUUAAUAUCUGGAAAAGUAUCAUUUAUAGCCAGGGAU